GAAAUGGCGUUUCGCAGCAAAUUUUCUCGUAUCGUUGACGUUCGUUCUUUCUUUGCUGUGUUCAGAUCCCCGAUAGUCAGGCGGACACGAACACUUACUUCUCAGCCUAAGCAGAGCGCCUGGUAUUUCCGUUUUGCUGGACCUUUUGUUAUUGGGGCUACCGCUGCGUGUGCCGGCCAUUUUGCUGCAAGUCGAUUAUACAACAACAAUUUUACUUUCUUCGGGAAUGUACAUGCUGCAACUAAGGUAAUUUGCUUGGAUGUUGUAUUUAUAUGUAUUUAUAUCGGUAUGGAAUACUUUUGUGGCCUCAACAUAACAUUAUGUUUACGGUGGGACGUUUGUUGGCCUCAAAAUUUCGAUACUCAUGGUAGUCUUACUCUUUUGCACUCUCAACUAAGAUUCUACUUGUAGUUCUUCUGGAAGUGUGCUAUUCUCUGGAUCAUUCCAAGUAACAACUGAGCCACCAAAUAGUGUUUUACCCGGUAGAUAGCAUUAUUUCUAUUUUGAGUAGGACCGAGAGUGGUCAGUAGUUCACGUAUUAUGUAUGACCCAAUGAAAUGUCCUGAGAGAAUACUUGCACUACACAUCACCUAGUGCGCAUAACGUUGUUACUUCAAAGGUGGCGUUUAUAUUCACGGGUUGCCUGACAAAGAGGUAAUUAUGGCCCCUUUUUUAGUCCACCAAAUGCUUUUAAUAGCAAUAGCCCAUUUUACAGUUACAGGUGGAAACGAGGCUGGAGUUGACCUUGUUUUGGUGCAACCCUUCCUGCUUUAUUAUGUAAAUCAUGUUUUCCUUAUGCUAACUUGUAUUUUUUAAGCAAAGAAGGAGGAACUUAUCAAAACAAGGUCAACCUCAGCCUCAUAUUCACUCAAAGGCUAGGACACUAAGCCUACAACUGUGAAAUGGCUUAUUUUGAUCAUUCUACCUGGCUAAAAAGCCAAGGGGGGGUGUACCGCCACCAAAAUGAUCCCCACCAUCGAAAUGAUCUCCGCCACCAAAAUGGCCCCCAAUCAGCACCGAAAUGAUACCGGCGGUCACCACCAAAAUGAUCCCCUGUAUAUCGGAAAUGGAAUUAAGAGGACUACAAAAACUAGACAACAAUUUAGUGGGUGCUUUUUAUUUAUUUAUAUUGCAUCUUUUUUACGGUGUGUAUUUUUCCUUUUAACGCACUUUAUUUUGCAGUAAAUUGGUUUUUUUUUUUUGGUUUAACACUAGACAAUACUUGUUCAAAAGAAGAAAUUCAUAUUUGUCUUCUAUUUCUUCGAAUUUUUUUUUGUAUUUUUGCAAGAAAAUCCUCUCAAUAAAAUUGUGUUAAAGCAAAAUAAGUCAAAUCUUGUAAUCAGGUCAUCAGGUUAUGUCUUCCUGAUGACGUCAUGACGACAGUGAUGACGUCAGUUACAGGCUCACAUUACAACACGUGCUUUCCAAUUAGUUUCGGUACUUGCACCAGCUGCUGUAGCUGUCAUCUCAAAUCAUUAACAUCAUGAAAAUUAUUCUGUUAUUCACAAUUAUUUUUCUGCUCCUGGCUGCCUUUGCUAUCAUAACAAGUGCAUCAGGAGAAGAGUAGCAAAAAGAGGUAUGUUUUUUUACGCUUUUCAUUGAUACAUUGUUCGGCAUGACUUUGCAUGUGUCAUCAUCUUACGUGUUCAAAGAUCGUCUUUGGCGUACGAAAUGAUCUUACGCAGUCUAGAUUUAUUACUUAGAAAAAAUUGUGAAUGGAAAAACUGACAUUUUAUAGCCCGGCACCAUGCUCUAACACAAGUUUUUAACGCAAAACUAGUUGUAAUCUGCUCGUUAUCACGUUAUAUGAUAAACCUGUUCCCUGUUCAAGGCGGAUUUAUGUAGUUCCUUAAAAAAAUGUUGAAAUUUUGAAAAUAAAAUCAGUGUAUAGAACUGUUAUCAGUCUAAUUGCUUUCUCUAUUUUCCUCUGUUUAGAAUCGUGUUUGCAUGAAUAAACGAAGAACCUAGAAUAGAUAGCAAAGUCCCAAGUCCAUUUAAGUCAAGGUUCCGAAAAUUUAUGACGGGAUCAUUUUGAUUGCGAAUAGGAAUCAUUUCGGUGGUGAUUGGGGGUCAUUUCAGUGGCAGAGAUCAUUUCGAUGGUGGGUAUCAUUUCGGUGGCGGUACAGGGGGGGAGCUCUCCCUAUGAUGGUCCAUACCUAUACCCAAAUAUUGGUCAGGAGAAUUCUAAGCUCGUUCUCUCCCGGGUCUAAUUCCCAUACACAUAAGUACGUUUGUAAAGGUAUACCUUUAAUUUGUGUCUACACAAGUGACUUACUUUGUUAAGUUGGCUUUUGUUACAUUUGUGACCAAAUAUUAUUACUCAGUUGUCAUCUUUAUUACAUUUGUGACCAAAUAUUAUUACAUUAUUGUGACUUUUAUUUAAACAUUUGUGAUCAGUUAUUACAUUUGUGUUUUCAACACACCGUCUCUUUCUUCUUCAUCUGCUCCGCACCCUGCCAUCUGUCUGUGAAAUAUGAGGUAGUAUUUUUUACAGCGUCUACAUAUUUCUAAUUACAUUAAUUUUGGUUUCUCUGUUCAAUUUUUAGGUAGAAAACAAACUAGAUAAGACUGAAAGAACCUUAAUAAUGGUGAAGCCUGAUGGUGUCCAGCGUGGUCUUAUUGGAGACAUCAUCAAGCGAUUUGAGCAAAAAGGGUUCAAAUUGGUAGCAAUGAAAUUUAUGCAGGUAAGAAGGAUUCCAUUGGGUUUUGAUACGCAAUUUUUGUGUCUCUCACUCACUUUGGGUUCAAUUACUAAAUUAUAGUUAGGAAUAAAUUAUAGUUCUCUGUGAUCAUUUCACUUAAAGUGAACCACAUACAAUUGCUCUCAUAGCCGGUAAUCACACUAAGCUUGGAAAUUUAUCAAGGCUUUGAAAUAUACAACCUGUACCUUUUAUACUGGAACCCCAAUAUAAUGAUAUACCAAGGGAACAGUUAAAGUUAUUAUAAUUAUUGAUCGAGGAAGCGUUAUAUCUAGACUCCCAAUAUAACAAUAUGGCCGUAAAAUUACCGAAAAUAUUGUUAUUGUCAGGGUAAACCUAAUGUGUACUUUUUUUACUGCAUAAUUAUUCAAUUAAAUUUGUAAAUUGAGCAGCAAAUGAUUCAAAAAAUUUAUGUUGUAACAUUAAAGCACUCAUGCAGUCUUCUAGUGCAAAGCACUAGAAGUUUUCAAAGUUCAUUAUACAUAGUUAAACUCAUCACCAAUAGAUGAGCUUGGGCGUUGGUGCCUACAAAGUUGGUGGAGCCGGGCAAUGCACUAGCAUGAGGAGGAGGUAUCCAUGGCAACCCUGCGAGCGGCCCCCACCAGGCACCGUCACACUGAACAAUUCAGUGGAAUACUUACCAACCCAAUACUUACCUAGCCCCCACCAAGAGGGAGGGAGGGAUGGGAAAAACCAAAGCACAAACUGGCACGCAAACAGUACGCAAUUGCAACAACACUUUUCGAAGAACUGCAAGCAAGCAACUGCAUAUAUAAGUCACGAGGUGCGCCUGCUAGAGGCAUCGGGCCACCCCAACUAUAGCUGGGGAAACUGCUGACCAGCAUUGCUUCGAGGUUAACUUUGCCUAAAUUACAUUUAGCCACAUUUAAACUCAUCACCAAUAGAUGAGCUUGGGCGUUGGUGCCUACAAAGUUGGUGGAGCCGGGCAAUGCACUAGCAUGAGGAGGAGGUAUCCAUGGCAACCCUGCGAGCGGCCCCCACCCAACCGGGAACUCCUUGGUGCUUGAAAAAGGAGGGGCCAGAGAAAAAGGGUGAAAUGGAACCUCCGACUCCAACAACCCCAAGCACCAAGUGCAGCAGUUGCAUCGAAAAACAAGCACACUUACCAAAUGAAAGGCAGCUGACAGUGAGAGCAACGCCCACAAACUGCAGUGUAAGCCCCGAGCAAUUCGGUGCUAAACUCAACCGCAGUGGAGAAGGAGCUGUGGAUGACCAACGGCAAGGACACACGAUGUCAUGCCAGCUGACCAGAGAAGCCCGCAAGAGCUUCCGAAGGCGUGUGAAUAUAAAGCUGGUAUGCAUUGCUAGUCCAACGUCCAAGAGCCUGAAUCAGGCGGUCAGGAAUGCCGUUGCGAGCUGCUAUUGUGGCUGCCCCAAUGCGGAAGCUGUGGCUGGAGAAAUUGCCCUCAAUCCCCUCGGUAGAGAAAAUUUGCCGCAGCCAAUCGAUCAAGAUUGCGCGAGACAGAGGUUGACCAUUUGCAAGAAGGAACAAGGGGCCAGGGACAUUUCCUCGCACAGAGAGGUAUGCCAGCAAAGCGUGAACAGCGCAGAGGGGUGCCCUUCCCAAACCAAUAUGGAUGUGGCAGCCUUGACGGAACAGAUCCGUUUUCGACGCUUUUAUCCUAACACAGAGGCAUGUUGGUGACUGGCACGAAUCCACUGCGAUGUCAGCCACUGAAAGAUGAAUAGCUGGAGAAAAGCUGGCUAAAUUGGGGACUGUAAAUCAGCAGCACGGAGAAAACCAAAAUAACCCAGCAGGCAGGCUGCCCAAAAGGCGCAAUGAUCGAAAAACUUGAGGUCCAACGCCCGAUGAAUGACCAAGAGAAGGCUGUCAGUAAUCGGAAGGCGCUGAGCAGCUGGGGAACCCUGGGAACGCUUGACCCCUCUCAACACCUGUUGAAGCUGCAAGCAAUUAAGCAGAGGGUCAGGAAAACCUUGCUCAAUGUUCAAGGAGCGAACUGCAGAAAAAUAAACUUUAAUUGAAGAAUGCUGAAUCGAAUCUGCAAGAAAUGAAACAAACAAACAUAAAGUCCACUCGUCUGCAGGGCAAGGCGAGCCAUUGGAGUGGAGCUUUCCAGCUUGGCGGCAAAAUUCGAUGAACUUGCGUUGACCUGACGCAUAAGCUUUCCGGGUGGAAGGAGCCAGACCCUGGGCCAAGAAAUGCAAGCACAGCUGUUCUAGGGAGGAGGUGUUAAGCUGUCCAGCAGGAGCUGCGGAAUCGGACAAGGGCAGGAAUGAGCCUCCGGGGCCAGCUGCCUGAACUCCUGCCAACGGAAACGAGAGAUAGCAUCAGCAAUUUUGUUCUUGACUCCAGGAACAUGAGCAGCAGUGAAAGUAAAACCCCAACGCACCGCCGAGAACAGAAGAUCACGGAGAAGGUGCAUUAAAGCUGGAACCUUCGAAGUCCUGGUCGUGAGAAUCGCAACUACAGCCUUGUUAUCUGAGCGAAAAAGGACAUGCUUCCUGGCCCACAAAGAUCCCCAAAGAUGAGCAGCAAUCACCACAGGAAAGAGUUCUUGGUAUGCAAAAGAUUGCCUGGCCUGCACCGUUGACCAGGCACCAUAAAACCACUGGCCUUGAGAAUAGGCGCCAAAGCCAACCGCACCUGCUGCAUCCAAAGUGACCUCCAAAUCCGUGGUAGCAGACAUGCCAGGGUACAACCAGAACCCAACGCCAUGCCAAGAAGCUAGGAACUGCUGCCACCACUGAAGAUCAAGACGAAAUUCCUGGUUAAUCUGAACAGGAUGGUCCUUGUUACGGCAGCAGCACAGUAAAUCAAUAAAACGACGGAGAAAGGCUCUCCCUGGCCAAACUACUUUAGCAGCAUGGUGUAAAAUUAAUGGCCAAUAAGGGACUCCAAUUCCCGCUUUCUGCACCAGUGACGAGGCAUCCACGAAUGAAUGAGUUCCCUUAGUGCAACCAAUUUAUCCUCAGGAAGACGGGCCACUUGGUUGACGGAGUCUAAUUCAAUUCCUAAGAUAGUCAUAGAAGUGGCUGGACCCACACACUUGUUACCGUGAAGAGGCAACCCCAGCCGAUGGCAAACCGAGAUUGCUGUGUUAAGAUUAUAAGCACACUGGAAGGACUGUGGGGGACCUGCGGUACUAAAGUCAUCCAAAUAAUGUAACAGAUCGGAAAGGCGAUGCUUAUGGAGAAGGAUCCAUUCAACCAUAUCAGCUAUGGAAUUGAAAAUAAAUGGUGCAGAACGGAGACCGAAAGGAAGCGAGAUGUCAACGUAGAACUGACCACGCUACCUCAUGCCCAGUAAGAAGCGGUCAUCUGGAUGAACUGGGAUGUUCCGACAAGCGGAUUCCACAUCAAAUUUUGCCAUAAGGGCACCUGGGCCAUAACGGGAGACCAUGCGAAUAACUUGAUCAACCUUAUACUGGAGAGAAAAAUCCUGAGGAUCAAUGCCGUCGUUAACACUAGCACCCCCUGGGGACGACAAAUCGACUAUCAAGUGCCAUUUGCCUGGCUGGCCCUUCUUAGGAAUGACCCCAAAACUGCUAAUAUGCAAACGAGGAAAAGGGGAGGAGGCGAAGGGGCCUGCAACCUUGCCCAGAGAGACUUCAUUAGCCAGAUACGCAUCAACAAUGUGGGCAUGGUGAAGAGCAGAGGGCUUGUUUCUUUUAGCUGGCUUAAGCUUGUGAGCUGAGUGGAAGCCUAACCGAAAGCCAUGCUGAAGACCCUGGAGGACAUAAGAAACUUGUUGCUGGUCGGGAUGACUGGCCAAUUCCUUUGAAAACUCCUCCACCUUAAGGGGACUAACUGCUGAUACAGGAGGGAGAACUGGAUGAGCUGGGAAGAAAAAAGGCUAUUUUAAAAUAAGGCCGAACCAGGCUGGGAAGGGGGUGAAGGGCAAACCAAAGAGAGAACUUUUGAACAACAAACCACAAAACCUUGAACAACUUGACAACUUUAUUGCAGCAAAUACAGCCUGACCUAGCUACUGUUGACCAAAUUAGGUAACGCAACUUAAAAAGUAAUUCGAUGACUCAAGGUCAGUAAACAUGAAGAAAAAACUAAAGGCAAUCAACGCAGAUAAAAAACAAGGCAGAAAAACAAUCAGGAAAACAAACAAGGUACAUCCAUUAACGCCUGGUUUUCGAAGUGGAUGAGGGCACGGAGGGAGGAGAAGCCGAUGUGCGUUUGCGAUCGUGUGAUGACGUUUUGUCAAAACGAUGGGAGCAUUCUGACGCACGGUGGGAACCUGCAGCGGUGCUGCAGCGAUGGGCAAACUGACACGAAGCAAAUUGUGCCGAACAGCGGCCCCUGUUCCACGACCUGCAAAUGACCUGGGAGGAGUCAGCUCCAGAUGGUUCGGGUAGCUCGCUCAAGGAACCACCAGACCCAGAAUCCACAGAGGCCCCAGCAGCAUGAAAAUUGUAAAGUUGAACGUUCAUGGUCGACCAGUCCACGAGCUUCGUCGCCACAGCGUGCUGGCGGGAGGCCUGAUCGUAUGCCAGCCAAACACGGCCACUGAACUAGCGGUACGUGCGCAGAAUGAGAAGCUUGUAAGAAGUUAAAUCUUUCCAGCGGUGCGGAAAAUAUGACGUCAGAAUCAGCGUAAAAAUUGUAAAGGCUUCGGACCAGGUCACGAUGUCCUCGAUGCGUCGGCGUUGCUUUUUAGCACUUGGCAAAAACACUAACUGCCCAUCCAGGAAUGCUUGCAAUUCCAGCUCAGUCUGAACAAUGUUGACUGACAGCAAAUCCCCCAAAUCCACGUACUUGCCGGCAACAAUUUGGCUAACCGUUUUCACCGGAAUUGGUGACAAACCGGGGCCAACUACAAACGGCUGUUGGAGUAGCGGUCCCGAUGGCAGGUUGGCAACCAAGGUGCUGUCGCUGAGUGGAACCGGGACAGAAGCGCCCGCUGUGAUCGACGUGCUUAAAAUUGGCGAGCGCGGGGUUGCAAAAGUGGCAACAAAGGAUGGCACAAUAAAAUUAGGCCUACCUUGCGUGGCUGAAGGUGAAGAUAUCGCCUGUUGCUGCAGAAAGGUGCCUCCAGAAGCUAGAAAGGUCGCCGUUUGCUGUGACAAGCUGGGCGAUGGGGCGGGAACGCCCCCAAAAGCUGCUUGUGGCUCCACGCUAUCAGAAUUUCCGAGCAGAUUGCUCGAGCUAGAACCAGGACCUUUUUCUGCCGCUAACGAGGCCUUCACGGUGUCGACGAUUGCAGCGAUUAGAGCGGGAUCGUGGACACCAGCAGCAACAACUGGAGCGGAAACUGUGGAAGAGGUUUGUGGCGCCGAGUUUGCCGCAGAAGCGAGCAACGAAGGACCAGACGACUCGGCCUGCAAAAGGGUAUCCGAUGACGAAUUCUCCCCAUCCAAACGAGCAGCCAAACUAUUGUUGGUUCGACGAGUAGUCAUUGUACAAGCAGAAAACAGCAUGUGAAUCAUACAAGUGCAAUAAAACUAAAUGUAAACAUAUGAUGUUGUGACUAUUGUAAUCAUUACUAAUCUUAAUAGAUUCACAUGUGUUCAUUGUUUUUUAAUGCAUUAUUGCACAUGACACACUUGCAAUAGUCCUUCAUAAGUCAUUUUUAACUUAAGGAUUCCAUGUAGCGUAUGUUUUGCUUAAUGUUUUUUUUAAUUUGUGACUGUGAACAGAUAAAUUAAUAUUGUUGUAGCCUGCGUAGCAAGCAUUUCCUUGCGCGUUCGUCGAGAAAGUUGCAGGGAUGAGAGCAAAAAAAAAGGUAUGAUGGGGGAGGGGGAGGGGUAGGGGUAGGGGAAUGAAGGAAACGCUUGCCCACAAACCCCAUGACCCCAGGUAUGCUUUGUUUACGUGCGUCACAGAUCUGGUUUCAUCUGAUUUGUGGUUGCAGAUUCCAAUUAAUGCAUUGGACUGAUGUUUAUUCGAAUCGUGUUUGUGCGAAGGUUUAUAAGAUCAAAUCUUCAAAGUAUAAUUGGAGAUAGAGCAGUGGUGACUAGGGAAGGCCAAUUUCUUGGGAAUGACGGCGUACAGAUGUGACUGGAAAAAAUGGACUUUUUGUUGGAGAUAACAUCAACGUAAAUGAGAACAUCGGUACUCAACGCUAGCUAGAGCCGCCUUGGACAAGCGAUUUAUCAGCUUUUUGAAAUGAAAAGAUUAUUUUUGUUUAUUGGAAAUUUAGCGGCAUGUAUUGAAGAUAACGUUUCGACACGGGCUGAAGAGCAGCCACUCUGCAAACCUUAUAGCCGGCGGAGUGAAUUGUUCCGGACAAAUCAUUUUUGACGUUUCGACGAGGUUUCAGAUGAGAUAAAGCCACACAAUAAAAAACAAGAAAUUCCGCAGCAAUGGCUCAGCGUUUUAACCUUCUUUUAUUGUAAACCUUUUUUAUUACAGUUUUUGCAAUCGCCUGGAACGUGUUCUAUUAGAGAGCAAAGUAAUUUUACAAAUCUGGUAAUCCAGGGGUAACCUGUUAGUUAUACUUCUAUUUUGACGAGCUGUCAAUUUACAAAUCAACCGAACCAUGAAAUAUCAAGGGGCAUUUUCCAGAAUCGUGGUGUUUGCGGGCAAGCAUUUCCUCUUCUCCCCUCCUCCUCCCCCUUCCACCUUUUUUUUGCUCCCGCUCUAACUUUCGCGCAAUAACUCCGACGAUUGGAAACGCUUGCUACGCAGGCUAAUAUCGUUGUGUUGGGAAAAACUCUCAUCGUUAUUCUGGGAAUAGCAUUAUAUUGAAGAUCGUUGUAUUGGGUUCUGUCCCAUACAUUUUACUAUAACUUUUGCCAGGACAUAGAAUAUUCAUUGCUAUUAAAAACUGGAUCAUUGGAUGGUAUAUGAGCCACUACCAUGCUCUCCAAAUAUGGUAACUAUAUGCGACUGCUCAAAAUUAAAAACAAGCUGAAAGUCAGUUGUUUUACAAAAUUAAUAUACCAUAUAAUGUAGCAUGAAAAUUCUGCGGGAGUUUUAUUUUGUGGAUUGGCAAUUUUUUGUGGUUUGUAGGAACAAAUUUUUGCGGUUGGAGAUGACUGAAAUUUCUGGUAGGAACUAAUUUUUGCGAUUCUCUGUUCAAGUAGCAGAAUAUUUAAGAGGAAGAAACCUUAAUAUGGUAUUUUCAACUUUUAUUUUACAGUAUGUUGAGUCAAAGUUCACUCUACUUACAUAUUUAAUAGAGAAUAAUACGGUAAUCACUGUAAUAUCUUACUGCACAAAGGGACUGAACAACAGCAAAACAAAACAAAAGCCUAUCCCUACCAUACACAACAAGUCCAUUAAAAGCAGAGUUUUUAAUUUGACUGAAGGGAGUUAAUUUUUGCGGCAUUUUAUUUUGUGGGUUUUUUUUCUGUGGGAACUAAUUUUUGCGGAUCGAGGUCAAUCCGCAAAAUUCGCAAAAAUUAGAACCCGCAAAAUUUUCAUGUUACACGGUAGUUGGGAAGAAUUCUCUAUAUUUUGUGGGUAUUUUUAAUGAAACAGAAGCUCUCCGCUGUAGGUGCCUCACCCGCCGUAGUUCAGUGGUUCCGCAGCUACCUUUCAGACCGGACCCAAUCAGUGCGUAUCGAUUCUGUGCUAUCAGAUCCAUUACCAAUCACACAGGCGGAGUCCCCCAGAGUGAUUCUUUUGCCGCUCCUCUUCUGUAUUUAUGCACCUAUCAAUGUAAUGUAUACACCUAUCAAUGUAAUUCCCUGCCCACGGGCAAAUCAUUCCAGUCGAAUGCAACCAAAUUUCCCCACCCCAGAAUGCACACUGCUGUCAAUCCCAAGGCAGAACCUAAGAAAGGCACAACAAAAAUGUCUCCAAAUAAAACUCUGCAAUCUUUUUUAAACGUUGCUGCAUCACCAAAGAUACAUGUUCCUGUUACAGCUGCAAUUAUACGUUCUAACCAUAAUCCGUGUUACACUGCGUAGAAUGCAUAAACCUUUCGGAGGAAGUUCACAUUUUGUAAGUCUAAAUAUACCAUUCUUAGUAAAGGGUAAAAGAAAGUCAGUUUUAAGUUUACAGUGAUGGUAGCGAAUGAGCCAUACACUAAUCAAUUGUACUUGCAAAAAUCGACUUGGUUUCUCUUUACUUCCGUUUACUUUGAUACCACAGUAUUUUAAGAGGUUCAAUUGAUCAAAAACACGCUAAAACAAACGAAAUUUGAAGACAAAACAGUGAAAUCCACUCAGCCUUUGCUUGUUUUCAUUGGCCUUCAUGACCUCCUGACCCAUGCCCUGCCUCCCCGCCGGCAUUACAUAAAGGUGCAUUAUCUGCCUGCCUGGCGCUCCUCAAUUCUGCCGGCUCGAGUCAUACGUCGAUGACUCUAAAGUUUUGCUAUCUUUUCCCGUAGCCGAUGUCAUUGACGCUAAGUUCAAGCUCGAAGAUGAUUUGCGCAAUGUUGCCACCUGGUGUUGCACAAAUGAUUUGUUAAUAAACCCUGAGAAAACAAAGUUCAUGUUGAUCGGCACCAAGCAAAAUGAUAAGUAAACCUUCAGUUAAUUUUACUGUUUCGUUUAUUGGAAAGACUCUUAUGGCUGUCAAAUCAUCAAGAGAUCUAGGAGUAUACAUAGAUUUACACCUGACCUAUGACACUCAUAUCUCCCACUUAGUCUCUUCUUGCUUGACUAAACUGGUUCAGAUCAACCGCGUGAAAUAUUGUUUUGAUAGAAAGACUUUGGUUUUAAUUAUAACAUCUCUUGUCUUUAGCAAAAUGCUCUACUGUUCGAGCAUGUGGUCUAAUACCUCAUCUAAGAACAUCCAAAAGCUGCAACUUAUUCAGAAUUUGGCCUGCAAAAUUAUCUGCGGCGCUUGGAAAUAUGACCACGUGACGCCAUUACUUGACGAACUCAACUGGCUUCCAGUUAGCAAGAUGCUCAAAUUCAGAGACGCUGUUAUGGCUUAUAAGUGUGCCAGCAAUUGAGCUCCUGAAUACCUAUGUGCUAAGUUCAAAAAACGAUCUUCUGUACAUAAUCGCACAACCCGUAAUAAUGAGAAGUUCGAAAGCCCAUUAUUCAGGUCAGCCACUGGCCAACGUACCUUCGCCUGUAGAGCAGUAUCCCUGUGGAACACGUUAGACGAAGACCUUAGAAACGCUACAACUGUAAAAUCCUUUAAGAAAGCCCUGAAACUUGUAAUGAAUGAAUGAUCGAAUGACAAUUAGCAUUAACAAUUAUUAGCUUGUUAGAUAUAGCUUGCAUUUAUAUUCGUAAAUAGGUACUGAAAAACCUUUUUUUGGGAGUAUUAAUUAAAGUUUUAAUUUUAAUUUAAUUUAAUUUUAAUAACAAUGUGCUUGCUGGAUAUGAGAUGAUUAUAGCCAACUCAGCGCUACGUGUCUCCUUGGCUAGCUACCAUCUCAUAUCCAACACGCACUCAUGGAAUAAUUGUUAAUUAUACCGGAAAAAUUGUUAUAUCGAGGAUGGUUAUAGCGGGGUUCCACUGUAUCAGUAGUUUUCAUCAUAAAAUGUGGCACAAAAAAGUUGGUUGCUUCCAAAGCGGUUCACUUCUUUACUACUAGUAGCAGCCAGUGCCUAGCAGGUAGUUAUUUGGCUGGUCAUUUGGUGUGUUUUUCAUUUGUGGUUGUAAUACAGUGACACAGAAGCUCUGAGGUCAAAGAUGUUGGAGGGAGUAAGAGGAUUUUCUAAACAAUAAAUUAUCUGUAGGUUCCACAAAGGUUGACCUUAUAGCUGGUGAUAAACAUUUUAGUCCCCUGCGCUUUCCCUUACAUUUUGUAUGAAGAGCAGUUAUGCCUUUUUUUUCUUUCCAAGGCAAGUGAGGAACAUUUGCGACAGCAUUAUGCUGACCUAGGUAAUCUGCCAUACUUUCCAGGACUUGUGAAGCACAUGGCUAGUGGGCCUCUUGUCGUCAUGGUAAGGUAAUAUCAUUAUGCAGCCAUUACAAUAUCUUUAAUUGAGGCCAAUAAUAUUGCUAGGUAAUAAAACUCUGUGAGCUGUAACAUAACAUGUAGUGAACAAAUUUGAACACUUGUGGCCCUUAACUGCCUCUCAAAAAAUGGCCCAUUAUAAAGCUCCCGAGAACAUUUUUAAGCUUAGUCUUUAUCAAAUGCACUAACUUGAACCACCCCCAACCCCCUUCCCCAAAAUCCUUAUAAAAUAAUAAUUUUUAUGAACAUCUUGGCCUGAUAAAAUUUGGAAGAUCAAACACUGGCCACUCCUCAACAGUUUUCUGGGACUAAGCAAUAGUCAGAGUGAUUAUAGCCUUUUUUUCAUUAUUAAUAGUUUCUCUAACUUUAAAUAAAAGCAGAACGUAGCUUUGAGUGUAUAUAGAAUAUUGACAUUUGACCAAACUCAGGCUAAAUUUUAGCAAAAAUUCACAUUCACUGAACAAAAUCCUGCUAUUUUUCUACUCAACUUGUCAAGAAGAAAAGUUAAAACUCAUUCAGACUCGCUGAAAAAAAUGAGUGUAAUUCCUUACAUACAAGAUUUUUUGGGUUAAUUUAAAGCAGUCCACUCUGUUUUUUUUGUUGUUGUUGUUUUUUUCAGAAAACGUCAGACUAAAGUUAGAGGAGUAUGGCUAAUUAUACAUGAGUACAAUAUUAUUUUGACAAUUCACUAAUAUUCAGGAUGACAAGAAUAUGUAAACACUAAGGCUAUAAGGGAGUUUAAGAAAAGAUCAUAUCAAUCCAGUGACACUCAAAUGUGAACAUUCUACUAGCUCUUUAGCUGUAAACUUCAGACAAAAGAUAAAAAGAUCCUGGCUUGUAAAAUCCUGGUUACAAUCAAGCUUCAAUCACCUGCUCUUACAUGAUUUCCAAACAGAAUUAUUUCUUAUCAUGGAAGUACUUUGAUUGUUGUAAAACUGUAUAUCACAAGUGUUUUUGAACUAAAAAUGUUCUACUGCAUGUUAUAUGCUAUUUGUGUCAUCAAAAAUGGCUGAGCUAAAUACUGGAAGUUAUGUCAAUAUUGAUGCACCUGCCAGCUAGGCCGGUUUCGUUUCUCUUGAAAAAUGGAUGCCAUAUGAUAAACCACUUAUUGACCUCACUUUCUCGGGACCGCGUGUGGUAAUAUUAGAAAUUGGUUGUUCUUGUAAAGACUUAAGUGUACUUGCAGGUCGGUUAUUGGUUAGUGAUAACCAGCUAGCCCUCUCAUUAGAGUCGGAGAGCAUCAAUUUUGUGGAAGCUAAGUUGAACAAAAGAUGGGAACUAGCAAGGCACUUCAGUUUCUGUAAAACCUAAGUGAAAAAUACUUUUUUAUGAUUGUACUAGCUGGUAAUUAAAUAAUUAUGUCUUUUAGGUGUGGGAAGGUCUAGGAGUCGUGGAAACUGGACGUGUCAUGCUUGGGGAGACAGAUCCAGUGAGUUUAAUUUGAGGCCUAGCUGAUAACUUUUUAAAUUUAUCUUUAUUGAAAUGACAUUUGGAAUUAAUGUGUUGUACCAAUAUUUCUUGUCUAUACUACUCUUGUCAGCCAUCCUUUUUUAAGUACAUAUUAUUUAAAAUUUAUUAUUGGAGUGUUUCCAAUCAGUAUUUCCUUGCGAACCAACGGCCAAAGGCUGUUGCAUAGUACUGUUUAUAAUAAAGUCGGAAAUUCGCACCCAUGUGAUUCCCACAAGAAUAGCUAAUUAAAGUGUGAUCUUGCUUUGGCCUACAUUUCUGAUUUCUGCCGGUUUGGUAACGGCCAAAGGCUGUUGCAUAGUACUGUUUAUAAUAGAGUCGGAAAUUCGCGCCCAUGUGAUUCCCACGAGAAUAGCUAAGGAAAGUGUGAUCUUGCUUUGGCCUAUAUUUCUGAUUUCUGCCGGUUUGGUAUAGUGUCCACAGUUGCCUAGCAACAAAGCAGCAAGUGAACAAAACUGCCACAAACUUUGCCUUGUUGUUAUCGCGGCCAUUUUAGAGAUCAAGAUAUGCUUUUAGAGAUGAAUUUUGAAGGCAGAAGUACCUUUAAGAGAAAAUGGAAGCUGUCUGGGCCAUUAGCUUUAAAAUAUGAGCAAACCUUGAGGAAAGAAAACAUCUGUUUUGCAUCGCUUCACAGACGAGUUAGUGGCUUUAAUUUGUUGAGCAUGUGAAAUGCAUUUAAGUUCUGUUUAUUGCUAUCAAAGCCUGGUCACUUUCCUGACAUAUAUCUUUUAAGUUGUGUUUAAUAUGGCUCGAUCAGCUUCAAACUUUGCGACUUUAGUUCCACAGGAAAGGCUUAAAAUAAAAUAUUUUGCCAAUUUUGCCAUUCAUACUCGCCUGGCAUAGUGGUAACAGAUUGUCCCAACAAACAGGACAUGGAAUAAAUGCUUGAUAAAUUUUAAACCAGUAUAUUUGUCAUAUUUCAGGCAAACUCAAACCCAGGAACAAUCCGUUGGGAUUACUGUAUUGAGAUUAAAAGGCAAGUUUAUUGA